CAUGGCGGCGGUCGGACCUCUAACGAGACUCGCCAGAUUUGGCCAUAGCAUCUGCAGGAGCCACCGUGUAAUAUUUAACAGGAGCUCACAGAGAAGAGGGAUAGCUUCAUGUGUCGACCCUGCUCAUGGACUCACGGAUGAACAGAGGGAGUUUCAGAAAGUGGCCUUUGACUUCGCAGCCAAUGAAAUGGCUCCAUUCAUGGCAGAGUGGGACCAGAAGGAAAUGUUUCCUGUUGAGACAAUGCGGAAGGCAGCCCAGUUGGGCUUUGGUGGUAUCUAUGUUCAGCCAGAUGUUGGAGGAUCAGGUCUUUCUCGGCUGGACACAUCAGUCAUCUUUGAGGCCUUGUCAUCAGGAUGCGUCAGCACAACAGCUUACAUCAGUAUCCACAACAUGUGUGCCUGGAUGAUCGACACCUUUGGUAACACUGAGCAGAGGGAGAAGUUUUGCCCUGACCUCUGUACAAUGGAAAAGUUUGCUUCUUACUGUCUCACUGAACCAGGCAGCGGCAGUGAUGCUGCUUCACUUAUGACAACUGCACAGCAGAAAGGUGACCACUACAUCUUGAAUGGCUCUAAGGCCUUCAUCAGUGGAGGAGGAGACACAGAUGUGUACAUUGUGAUGUGCCGAACAGGAGGCAAAGGACCCAAAGGCAUCUCAUGUGUGGUGGUGGAGAAGGGAACCCCAGGCCUCAGUUUUGGCAAGAAAGAGAAGAAGGUGGGUUGGAACUCUCAGCCAACCAGGGCGGUGAUAUUUGAGGACUGUGCCGUGCCAGUGACCAACCGGCUUGGUGAGGAAGGACAAGGCUUCACCAUCGCCAUGAAAGGCCUGAAUGGAGGCAGGAUUAAUAUUGCUUCCUGUUCUCUUGGGGCGGCACAUGCCUGUGUACAGCUGGCGAGGGAUCACUUGUUGGUGCGCAAACAGUUUGGAGAGACGCUCUCUAACAACCAGUUUCUUCAGUUCAAACUGGCAGAAAUGGCCACAAAGUUGGUUGCAUCUCGCCUUUUGGUGCGUGAAGCUGCGACAGCGCUUCAGGAGAACCGGUCUGAUGCCGCUUCCCUCUGCGCCAUGGCCAAGCUCUUUGUCACAGAUGAGUGCUUUAAUAUUUGCAACCAGGCUCUUCAGAUGCACGGUGGGUACGGUUACCUCAAAGACUACGCAGUGCAGCAGUUUGUCCGUGACAUCCGAGUACAUCAGAUCCUAGAAGGAACAAAUGAGGUGAUGAGGAUGAUCAUCUCCCGAAAUCUGCUGACAGAGUCAUGAUAGAUAUCUUACCUGGACCCUUAAGUGACUUCAGUGAUGACCAUAUUGUGAUGGUCUUAACUUCUGGUUUGUUACUGUAUGACUGGUUUCCUCAGUGGCCCUCUGCAUCGUAGCUGUUCAAAGGACAGCAAAGGUCAUUAGAGGUUUUAGGAUGAACCAGUCAGAAAAACGUAGAUUUUAAAGUAUUCUAAUGCUCUAAAUAAGGCAAUAAUAAUGUGUCAGUUUGUGAUUGAUCAUUGGUUCAGAGUGACAUAUCUCAAUAACGGAGGGAUUUCAAGAACAUUUUGCACUUUCAUAGCUCAUUGAGGAUGAGUCCCAAAGACAUUGGCCAUCCUCUGACUUUUCAUGAAGCGCCACCUGCAGGUCCAUUUAUACAACACUUGAGUUCAUGGUAGCACACCACUAUAGUAAUGAUCCAAUUUCCAACUAUAUGUUGAGACUAAUAUGGCAUGCCAACAUUAGCAUUUGGCCCAAACCACAGCUGAAAGUAGAACUUAAGUUGAUAACUUAUUUAUUUACUUAUGGAAGUAAAUAAUGCAACUGAAGGCUGACCAGCUUAGUCUGAUGUUAUACAGUAUAAUGGCCACUGCAGGAUGAAUAUGUUUUGAUUUGGUUAACUACAUGGUGUAAAACCAUCCAUCAUCCAACCAUUCGGUUUCAUAUGGGGUAGAUAUUUUUUCUAUCAAAGCUGCUUGUGAGAACUUUUUAACCCAAUUUGAGAUUUAAAUUGUUUGGCUAUUGUAUUGUAGUAAUGUGUAUGUUACACAUCUGUGACACAUUCAGUUUAACUGUCUUUAUCCUCAAGUGGCCUUCCAGAUCUCUUUUA